AUGGUAAAAUGGUUGAUUAUGCAAAGAUUGAAGGAAGAGAAGGAAGCCAAGCGGGCUCGUCUGGAUGGGAGACAUGACUACUUAUUUGCGAUUGUAGCUUCCUGUGUGGACCUCAACAAAACUGAAGUGGAGGAUGCCAUCCUUGAGGGGAAUCAGAUUGAAAGAAUCGAUCAGCUUUUUGCUGGUGGAGGUCUUCGUCACCUCAUGUUUUACUGUCAGGAUGUGGAGGUAGCAGCAACAGGGCAACUUGGCUCUCCAGGAGGAAUAAAUCGUAUUUCUGGAAAGAUUAAAAAACCUAAGGUGUUCGUGACGGAGGGAAAAGAUGUUGCUCUUACUGGGGUUUGUGUGUUCUUCAUCAGGACCAACCCUUCCAGACCCAUCACCCCUGAGAACAUUCAUCAGAAGGUGAGUUUCAACAUGCUUGACACUGCAGACGGGGGUUUGCUCAACAGUGUGAGACGUCUGCUGUCGGACAUCUUCCAGGAGUUCCUGGGCUCCCUGGAAGGCUUCGUGAGCGUCCUGGUCAGUGCACAGGAGAGUUUGAAGGAGAAGGUGAACCUUCAAACGUGUGACAUAUUUGAACUGAAAACCCUGAAGGAACCUCUAGACUACUUGACUCUAGCUAAUAACCCUGAGACUUUGGAAAAAAUAGAAGGUUGUAUGAAAGUAUGGAUCAAACAAACAGAGCAGGUCCUUGCUGGAAACAAUCAGCUACGGAAGGAAGCGGAUGACCUUGGGCCCCGAGCAGAGUUGGAGUACUGGAAAAAAAGACUGUCUAAAUUUAACUACCUUCUGGAUCAGUGGAAGAGCCCAGAUGUGAAGGCUGUGUUGGCAGUGCUUGCUGCUUCCAGGUCGAAACUUCUGAAGACUUGGCGGGAGAUGGAUAUUCGAAUCACUGAUGCAGCUAAUGAAGCAAAGGACAAUGUCAAAUAUCUGUACACACUUGAGAAAUGCUGUGACCCCUUGUACAGUUGUGACCCUAUGUCCAUGAUUGAUGCUAUUCCUGCACUUAUAAAUGCAAUUAAAAUGAUCUAUAGUAUCUCUCAUUACUAUAACACCUCUGAGAAGAUCACGUCUCUGUUUGUAAAGGUGACCAAUCAGAUGAUAUCUGCAUGUAAAGCCUAUAUUACCAACAAUGGAACUGCUUCGAUCUGGAGCCAACCACAGGAUGUUGCUGUGGAAAAAAUAUUAUCUGCAAUUAAACUUAAGCAGGAAUACCAGCACUGCUUUCACAAGAUCAAACAAAAGCUUAAACAAGAUCCAAAUGAAAAACAAUUUGAAUUCAGUGAGAUGUAUAUUUUUGGAAAAUUUGAAACUUUCCACAGACGUCUUGCCAAGAUAAUGGACAUCUUUAUGACCUUCAAGACAUAUUCAGUCCUACAAGAUUCUAAGAUUGAAGGACUGGAAAACAUGGUCAUUAAAUACCAGGGUAUUGUUGCCACCAUAAAGGAAAAGGAAUAUAAUUUCUUAGACCAGUGGAAAAUGGAUUUUGAGCAGGAUUAUGAAGAGUUUUGCAAGCAGACUAAUGACCUUCACAAUGAGCUGCAGAAGUUCAUGGAUGUUACAUUUGAAAAGAUUAAAAACACAAAUCAAGCUCUAAGUAUGUUAAAGAAAUUUGAAAGAUUGGAUAUACCUAAUCUUGGAAUUGAUGACAAAUACCGGCAUAUCCUUGAAAACUAUGGGGCUGACAUUGAUAUGAUCUCGAAGCUGUAUACGAAGCAGAAAGACGAUCCUCCUUUGGCUCGAGACCAGCCUCCCAUUGCUGGGAAGAUUCUGUGGGCCCGACAGCUCUUCCACCGGAUUCAGCAACCAAUGCAGCGUUUCCAGCAGCACCCGUCUGUGCUCCAGACAGCGGAAGCCAAGCCUGUGAUUCGCAGUUACAACAGGGUGGCCAAGGUCCUCCUGGCGUUUGAGGUUCUCUACCACAGGGCAUGGCUUCAGCAAACUGAAGAAAUUCAUGUAGGACUUGAGGCUUCUUUAUUGGUGAAGGCUCCUGGCACAGGGGAAUUGUUUGUAAACUUCGAUCCUCAGAUAUUAACCUUAUUUAGAGAAACAGAGUGCAUGUCACAGAUGGGUCUGGAAGUUUCACCAUUUGCAGCUGCCCUUUUCCGGAAACGAGACAUAUACAAAAAGAACUUCAGUAACAUGAAGAUGAUGCUGGCUGAAUAUCAGAGAGUGAAGUCAAAAAUGCCUCCCAUUAUAGAGCAACUGAUGGUCCCUCAUUUGGCAAAGGUGGAUGAAGCUCUCCAGCCUGGCCUGGCUGCACUGACCUGGACAUCACUGAACAUUAAGAUGUACUUGAAAAAUGCUUUUGCAAAGAUCAAGGCCCUGGAGUUGCUGAUUGACAGGGUCAAUGAUUUGAUCGAGUUCCGCAUCGAUGCCAUCCUGGAAGAAAUGAGUAGCACGCCUCUUUGUCAACUCCCCAGGGAGGAGCCACUUACCUGUGAAGAGUUUCUCCAAAUGACACAGGACCUUUGUGUAAAUGGUGCUCAGAUACUACACUUUAAAAGCUCAUUAGUGGAGGAAGCAGUCAAUGAGCUAAUAAAUAUAUUGCUGGAUGUGGAAGUUUCAUCUAAGGAAGACAGAGAGAAAGCAUCCAAUAUGAAUAGUACUGAUUCAAAAAAUGAAAUUUCGGCAAAAAGAGUAGAAGGACAUUCUGACACCUUGACAGCUUCUCUUAAUGCUGGGGCAGGCCUCCUACCUUUGACGACAGUCGCGAGAAAGAAGAAAGAGACCAAGGUCUAACAGGAAGGAGCCCGCGAGUUGCUCUCUCACUUCAAUCACCAGAACCUGGGUGCUCUGCUGAAAGUUACAAGGAACACGCUAGAGGCCGUUCGCAAGCGCAUUCAUUCCUCCCACAUGACCAGCUUCCAGGACAGUAACAGUACCUCUAAAAUGAAGCAGAACGGUCUGCCCAUUUUCCGGGCAAGCAUCACUCUGGCCAUUCCCAACAUCACCAUGGCCCCAGCCCUAGAAGACAUACAGCAGACACUGAACAAAGCCGUGGAGUGCAUCGUCACUGUCAGCAAGGGGGUUAGACAGUGGAACAGUGAGCUAUUGUCCAAGAAAAAGAUGCACGAAAGAAAAAUGGCUGCUUUGCAGAGUAACGAAGACAGUGAUUCUGAUGUUGAAAUGGGAGAAAACGAACCUCAGGAUACCUUUGAGGUAGCAUCUGUGAGCUUACCCAUUCCUGUGCAAAGCAGAAACUAUUAUAAGAAUGUUUCUGACAACAAAGAGAUUCUAAAAUUAGUCUCUGUGCUUAGCACAAUCAUCAACUCCACCAAAAAGGAAGUUAUUACAUCCACUGACUGCUUCAAACGCUACAAUCACAUUUGGCAAAAGGAGAAAGAAGAAACCAUUGUGACGUUUAUUAUGAAAAACCCCUUGCUUUCUGAAUUUGAAUCCCAGAUUCUCUAUUUCCAAAAACUAGAGCAAGAAAUUAACACUGAGCCUGAGUAUAUCUGUGGGGGUACCAUUGCUCUGUACACAGCUGACUUGAAGUUCAUCUUGACCGCUGAGACGAAGGCCUGGAUGGUUGUCAUUGGCCGUCACUGUAACAAAAAAUACGGAAGUGAGAUGGAAAACAUUUUUACACUUGUUGAAGAAUUCAGUAAGAAACUGAAUCGCCCAAUUAAAGACCUAGAUGAUGUUCGAAUUGCUAUGGUGGCACUGAAGGAAAUUAGGGAGCAGCAAAUCUCCAUUGACUUUCAAGUGGGACCUAUUGAGGAAUCCUAUGCCCUGCUUAACAAAUAUGGCCUUCUGAUAGCAAAGGAAGAGAUGGACAAAGUGGAUACUCUGCGUUACACUUGGGAGAAGCUUCUGGCACGUGCCAGUGAAGUGCAGAAUGAAUUAGUCUCACUGCAGCCCAGUUUCAGGAAAGAGCUUAUUAGUACGGUGGAGGUCUUCCUCCAAGACUGUCACCAGUUCUACCUGGACUACGAUUUGAAUGGUCCAAUGGCUAGCGGCUUGAAACCCCAGGAAGCCAGUGAUAGACUUAUCAUAUUUCAGAAUCAAUUUGAUAAUAUCUGUCGGAAAUAUAUCACCUAUACUGGGGGAGAGGAGCUUUUUGGUCUGCCAGUCACACAGUAUCCUCAGCUUCUCGAAAUCAAGAAGCAACUAAAUCUUCUACAGAAAAUAUACGCUCUGUACAACAGUGUCAUAGAAACUGUAAAUAGCUAUCACGAUAUUCUGUGGUCAGAAGUAAAUAUUGAAAAAAUCAACAGUGAACUUUUAGAGUUCCAGAACAGGUGUCGGAAGCUGCCCCGGGCCUUGAAGGACUGGCAGGCUUUUUUGGAUCUGAAGAAGACCAUUGAUGAUUUCAGCGAGUGUUGUCCCCUGCUGGAGCGCCUGGCCAGUAAGGCCAUGAUGGAAAGGCACUGGGAAAGGAUAACUGCUCUCACUGGGCACAGUCUAGAUGUGGGGAAUGAAACUUUUAAGUUAAGACAUAUCAUGGAGGCACCUCUUCUGAAAUACGAAGAGGAAAUAGAGGACAUCUGUAUCAGUGCGGUGAAAGAGAGGGACAUUGAACAAAAGCUGAAGCAAGUGAUUAAUGAAUGGGACAACAAAACAUUCACAUUUGGCAGCUUUAAAACCCGUGGAGAGCUCCUCUUGAGAGGAGAUAGUACAUCGGAAAUCAUCUCCAACAUGGAAGACAGCUUGAUGUUACUGGGCUCCCUACUGGGCAACAGGUGCAAUAUGCCAUUCAAAGGCCAGAUUCAAAAGUGGGUGCAAUACCUUUCCAACUCAGCAGACAUCAUUGAGAAUUGGAUGAUGGUGCAAAACUUGUGGAUUUACUUAGAAGCCGUCUUUGUAGGAGGAGACAUUGCCAAGCAGCUUCCCAAGGAGGCCAAGCGCUUUUCCAACAUAGAUAAAUCCUGGGUGAAGAUCAUGACUCGGGCACAUGAGAUGCCCAGUGUGGUUCAGUGUUGUGUUGGAGAUGAGACCAUGGGGCAGCUGUUACCACACUUGCUGGACCAGUUGGAAAUCUGCCAGAAAUCCCUUCCUGGGUACUUGGAGAAAAAACGGCUUUGCUUUCCUCGGUUCUUCUUUGUCUCGGACCCCGCUCUUCUGGAGAUUCUGGGGCAGGCAUCAGACACACACACUAUACAAGCCCAUUUGCUGAGUGUGUUUGACAACAUCAAAACGGUCAAGUUCCACGAAAAGAUCUAUGAUCGCAUCCUGUCAGUUUCCUCUCGAGAGGGUGAGACGAUUGAAUUGGAUAAACCCGUGAUGGCAGAGGGCAAUGUGGAAGUUUGGCUUAAUUCUCUCUUGGAGGAAUCUCAGGCCUCAUUACAUCUUGUGAUUCGCCAGGCAGCUGCAAAUAUUCAAGAAACAGGUUUCCAACCGAUUGAAUUUCUUUCUUCCUUCCCUGCUCAGGUUGGAUUAUUAGGAAUUCAAAUGAUAUGGACACGGGAUUCAGAAGAGGCUCUUAGAAAUGCCAAGUCUGAUAAAAAAAUCAUGCAGAAAACCAAUCAGUCUUUCCUGGAGCUACUGAACACAUUGAUAGACAUGACAACCAAGGAUCUGAGUUCCGUGGAACGAGUUAAAUAUGAGACUUUGAUUACUAUUCAUGUGCACCAAAGAGAUAUCUUUCAUGACCUGUGUCACAUGCAUAUCAAGAGCCCUACAGACUUUGAGUGGCUGAAACAGCGCAGAUUUUAUUUUAACAAAGAUUCCGACAAGAUGAUGAUUCACGUCACAGAUGUGCCGUUCAUAUACCAGAACGAGUUUGUAGGCUGCACUGACAGGCUCGUUAUAACUCCCCUCACAGACAGGUGUUAUAUCACGUUGGCUCAAGCUCUGGGAAUGAGCAUGGGGGGAGCUCCCACUGGACCAGCAGGAACAGGCAAAACAGAAACGACCAAAGAUAUGGGACGAUGUCUUGGGAAAUAUGUCGUGGUUUUCAAUUGUUCAGACCAGAUGGAUUUCCGAGGACUUGGACGGAUUUUUAAAGGACUGGCUCAGUCUGGAUCCUGGGGUUGUUUUGAUGAAUUUAAUCGUAUCGACCUACCAGUUCUCUCCGUUGCAGCCCAGCAGAUUUCCAUUAUUCUGACAUGUAAAAAGGAGCGUAAAAAAUCUUUUAUUUUUACUGAUGGAGAUAAUGUGACUAUGAACCCUGAAUUUGGGCUUUUUCUAACUAUGAAUCCUGGCUAUGCUGGGCGGCAGGAACUCCCUGAAAACUUGAAGAUUAACUUCCGCUCCGUGGCCAUGAUGGUGCCUGACCGACAGAUUAUCAUCAGGGUGAAGUUGGCUAGUUGCGGCUUCACUGAUAACAUUGUUUUGGCCAGGAAGUUUUUCACGCUCUACAAGCUGUGUGAGGAGCAGCUUUCUAAGCAGGUACAUUAUGACUUUGGUCUGCGUAAUAUUCUGUCUGUUCUGCGAACUCUGGGAGCAGCCAAAAGAGCCAACCCCACGGAUACGGAGUCCACAAUUGUCAUGCGUGUACUACGAGAUAUGAAUCUUUCCAAACUGGUUGAUGAGGAUGAACCCUUAUUUUUGAGUUUGAUUGAAGAUCUCUUCCCAAAUAUUCUUCUGGACAAGGCCGGUUACCCUGAACUGGAAAUGGCAAUUAGUAGACAGGUUGAAGAAGCUGGUUUAAUCAACCAUCCUCCUUGGAAGCUGAAAGUCAUCCAGUUGUUUGAAACACAGAGAGUGCGGCAUGGAAUGAUGACCCUGGGGCCUAGUGGAGCAGGGAAAACCACCUGCAUCCACACCUUGAUGAACGCCAUGACAGAUUGUGGAAAAGCACACCGGGAAAUGAGGAUGAAUCCCAAAGCGAUUACGGCUCCACAGAUGUUUGGUCGGCUUGACGUGGCAACGAAUGAUUGGACCGAAGGGAUAUUUUCUACUCUUUGGAGGAAAACAUUGAGGGCUAAGAAAGGGGAGCAUAUCUGGAUAGUUCUUGAUGGGCCAGUAGAUGCCAUCUGGAUUGAAAAUCUGAAUUCCGUUUUGGAUGAUAACAAAACUCUAACCCUUGCCAAUGGUGAUCGGAUUCCCAUGGCUCCAAACUGCAAGAUUGUUUUCGAACCUCAUAACAUUGACAAUGCUUCGCCUGCUACUGUCUCAAGAAAUGGGAUGGUUUUCAUGAGUUCUUCUGUCCUUGAUUGGAGUCCUAUUCUUGAGGGUUUUCUUAAAAAACGUUCGCCUCAAGAAGCUGAAAUUCUUCGUCAGCUGUACACCAAGUCGUUUCCAGACCUGUAUCACUUCAGUAUUCAGAACUUAGAAUACCAGAUGGAGAUGCUGGAGGCCUUUGUGAUCAUGCAAAGCAUCAACAUGCUUCAAGGCCUGAUCCCUUUCAAGGAGCAAGGUGGGGAGGUCAUGCCGGAGCACCUGGGGAGACUCUACGUCUUCUCCCUGAUGUGGAGCGUCGGGGCAGUGCUGGAACUGGAUGGCCGGUGUCGCAUGGAACACUGGCUGUGCUCCCAGGAGAGGCUGGCCUUGGACCUGCCGCCUCUAGCAGGGCCUGACGACACCAUGUUUGACUAUUACGUCGCAUCUGAUGGUAAAUGGAUGCACUGGAAGACGUGUACUGAGGAAUAUGUGUAUCCAUCUAAUAUCACCCCAGAAUAUGGCUCCAUCCUGGUGCCAAAUGUUGACAAUGUGAGAACUGACUUCCUAAUUAAAACCAUUGCUAAACAGGGCAAGGCUGUGCUGUUAAUUGGUGAACAAGGAACAGCCAAAACGGUCAUAAUCAAGGGAUUUAUGUCAAAGUACGAUCCUGAAAGCCACAUGAUCAAGAGUCUGAACUUUUCUUCUGCAACCACCCCACUGAUGUUUCAGAGGACAAUAGAGAGCUAUGUGGAUAAACGCAUGGGCACAACAUAUGGCCCUCCAGCAGGAAAGAAGAUGACUGGUUUUAUUGAUGAUGUGAACAUGCCAAUAAUCAAUGAGUGGGGAGACCAGGUUACUAAUGAGAUAGUAUGACAACUGAUGGGACAGAAUGGAUUUUAUAACCUAGAGAAGCCUGGGGAGUUUACCAGCAUUGUGGACAUACAGUUUUUAGCAGCUAUGAUCCAUCCUGGGGGCGGACGCAAUGAUAUACCCCAAAGGCUCAAGAGGCAGUUCUCUAUAUUUAACUGCACGUUGCCCUCUGAUGCUUCUGUGGACAAGAUCUUUGGUGUGAUUGGGAUAGGAUACUACUGUACCCAAAGGGGCUUCUCAGAAGAAGUGAGAGAUUCAGUGACGAAACUGGUUCCCCUGACACGCCGACUGUGGCAGAUGACUAAGAUUAAAAUGCUCCCUACCCCUGCAAAAUUCCAUUAUAUUUUUAACCUUCGAGAUCUUUCUAGGAUCUGGCAGGGAAUGUUGAACACUACGUCAGAGGUUAUCAAGGAACCAGACGAACUGUUAAGGCUGUGGAAGCAUGAGUGUAAACGUGUUAUAGCCGAUCGUUUCACGGUAUCUGAUGAUGUGACCUGGUUUGAUAUGACUUUAGUAAACUUGGUGGAGGAGGAGUUUGGUGAAGAGAAAAAACUCUUGGUGAAUUGCGGAAUUGACACUUAUUUUGUGGACUUCUUGAGGGAUGCACCUGAAGCUACAGGUGAAACAUCUGAGGAGGUUGAUACUGAGAUGCCCAAAAUUUAUGAGCCAGUUGAAUCUUUUGAUCAGCUGAAGGAUCGUUUGAAUAUGUUCCUGCAGCUCUAUAACGAGAGCAUCCGUGGCGCUGGCAUGGAUUUGGUGUUCUUUGCAGAUGCGAUGGUCCACUUAGUCAAGAUCUCACGUGUCAUUCGUACUCCCCGGGGAAAUGCCCUCUUGGUCGGGGUGGGUGGAUCGGGAAAGCAGAGCUUGACCAGGUUGGCUUCAUUCAUUGCUGGAUACACUUCCUUCCAGAUCACUCUGACAAGGUCCUACAACACAUCAAAUCUGAUGGAAGACCUGAAGAUUUUGUAUAGAACAGCUGGUCAGCAAGGCAAAGGAAUCACUUUUAUUUUCACGGACAAUGAGAUUAAAGAUGAGUCGUUUUUGGAAUAUAUGAGUAAUGUUUUAUCAUCGGGUGAGGUCUCCAACCUAUUUGCUUGCGAAGAAAUUGAUGAAAUUAAUAGUGAUCUCAUAUCAGUCAUGAAAAUAGAGUGCCCCGGGCGCCCUCCUACGAAUGAGAACCUGUAUGAUUACUUCAUGAGCCGGGUCCGGCAGAACCUUCACAUUGUGCUCUGCUUUUCGCCAGUGGGGGAGACAUUUCGAAAUGGAGCUUUGAAGUUUCCUGCCCUUAUUUCAGGAUGCACUAUUGACUGGUUCAGCCGAUGGCCUAAGGAUGCCUUAGUUGCUGUGUCUGAACACUUCCUCUCUUCCUAUGAUAUCGACUGCAGUUUGGAAACCAAGAGGGAAGUGAUCCAGUGCAUGGGCUCCUUCCAGGAUGGGGUAGCUGAGAAGUGUGUUGAUUACUUCCAGAGAUUCCGACGUUCUACCCAUGUGACACCCAAAUCAUACCUCUCCUUUAUUCAGGGCUAUAAGUUCAUAUAUGGAGAAAAGCAUGUGGAAGUGCAAACUCUGGCCAACAGAAUGAAUACUGGAUUGGAAAAGCUAAAAGAAGCUUCGGAGUCUGUUGCAGCCCUGAGCAAAGAAUUGGAAGUGAAAGAAAAGGAGCUCCAAAUGGCCAAUGAUAAGGCCGACACAGUCUUAAAAGAAGUGACAAUGAAAGCACAGGCUGCCGAAAAGGUCAAAGUUGAGGUACAGAAGGUGAAGGACAAAGCCCAGGCCAUUGUUGGCAGCAUCUCUAAAGAUAAAGCCAUUGCUGAGGAAAAGCUGGAAGCAGCAAAGCCAGCGUUAGAAGAAGCAGAAGCAGCCUUGCAGACCAUCAAGCCUUCUGACAUUGCUACUGUCCGCACUCUGGGCCGACCCCCACAUCUCAUCAUGAGGAUCAUGGAUUGUGUGCUGCUGCUGUUUCAGAGGAAAGUCAAUGCAGUGAAAACUGACCUAGAAAAACGCUGUACAAUUCCUUCCUGGCAGGAAUCUUUAAAACUGAUGACUGCAGGAAACUUUUUACAGAAUUUACAGCAAUUCCCCAAAGACACAAUCAAUGAAGAAGUGAUAGAAUUUUUGAAUCCUUACUUUGAGAUGGCAGACUACAACAUGGGAACUGCUAAACGUGUAUGUGGGAAUGUAGCGGGGCUUUGUUCCUGGACCAAGGCCAUGGCUUCCUUCUUUUCUACAAACAGAGAGGUGUUGCCCCUGAAGGCCAACCUGGUGGUGCAGGAGAAUCGCUACGUGUUGGCCAUGCAGGAUCUGCAGAAGGCCCAGGCUGAGCUGGACUACAGGCAAGCCGAGCUGGAUGUGGCGCAGGCCGAGAAUGAACAGGCCAUGACCGAAAAGCAGGUCACUGUCUUCUUGCCAAUAAAGUCCGACUCAAUUGUGAUAUUUGACUUUGGACAGUUUUCAAGCCCUGUCAUGACCCUCUCCCCUUCCAUCCCCAAUCUGGGCAAGCUGGUGAAGGUCGGUGACAAAGAGGUUGAUGUGAUGGAUGGCUUCAGACUCUACAUUACCACCAAGCUGCCCAAUCCAGCCUACACCCCUGAAAUAAGUGCGCGGACCUCCAUCAUCGACUUCACUGUCACCACGAAAGGUCUAGAAGAUCAGUUACUGGGGAGAGUCAUUCUCACAGAGAAGCAGGAACUGGAGAAAGAAAGAACUCAUCUCAUGGGAGAUGUAACUGCAAACAAGAGGAGAAUGAAGGAGCUAGAAGAUAAUUUGCUUUACCAUCUGACCAGUACCCAGGGGUCCCUGGUGGAAGAUGACGGUAUCAUCCUUGUGUUGAGUAACACAAAGAAGACGGCCGAGGAGGUGACACAGAAGCUGGAAAUUUCAGCUGAGACAGAAAUUCAAAUUAACUCAGCCCGGGAGGAAUAUAGACCUGUUGCUACCCGGGGCAGCAUCCUCUACUUCCUCAUCACGGAAAUGUGCUUGGUUAAUGAGAUGUAUCAGACUUCGCUCCGCCAGUUUCUUGGCUUGUUUGACCUUUCCUUGGCCAGGUCUGUCAAGAGCCCAAUUACAAGCAAGAGGAUUGCUAAUAUCAUCGAGCACAUGACCUAUGAGGUUUAUAAGUACACGGCUCGGGGUUUGUACGAGGGGCACAAAUUUCUCUUCACCCUGCUGCUUACCCUAAAGAUUGACAUGCAGAGGAACCGGGUCAAGCAUGAAGAGUUUCUCACCCUUAUUAAAGGUGGUGCCUCGUUGGACUUGAAAGCCUGUCCUCCUAAACCAUCUAAAUGAAUCCUGGACGUGACCUGGCUGAAUUUGGUGGAACUGAGCAAACUUAGACAGUUUUCUGAUGUCCUUGAUCAGAUAUCAAGAAAUGAGAAAAUGUGGAAAAUUUGGUUUGAUAAGAAAAACCCUGAGGAGGAACCCCUUCCAAAUGCCUAUGAUAAAUCUCUAGACUGCUUUAGACGUCUUCUCCUUAUUAGAUCCUGGUGUCCCGACAGAACCAUUGCCCAGGCACGUAAGUACAUCGUGGACUCCAUGGGAGAAAAGUAUGCGGAAGGUGUUAUCCUGGACUUGGAAAAGACAUGGGAGGAAUCUGACCUGCGGACACCACUCAUCUGUCUCCUGUCUAUGGGCUCAGACCCCACAGGUUCCAUCAUCGCCUUGGGGAAGAGAUUAAAAAUAGAAACCCGCUACGUGUCCAUGGGGCAGGGCCAGGAGGUCCAUGCUCGCAAGCUCCUGCAGCAGACCAUGGCGAAUGGAGGAUGGGCACUUUUGCAGAACUGCCAUCUGGGGCUCAAUUUCAUGGAUGAGCUAAUGGACAUAAUUAUAGAAACUGAGAUUGUACAUGAUGCUUUCCGCCUGUGGAUGACGACCGAGGCUCAUAAACAGUUUCCCAUUACCCUCCUUCAGCUGUCCAUUAAAUUUGCCAAUGAGCCCCCCCAGGGACUCCGGGCAGGACUGAAAAGAACAUAUGGUGGUGUGAGCCAAGACCUGCUGGACGUGAGCACUGUAGCCCAGUGGAAGCCCAUGCUGUAUGCCGUGGCUUUCCUGCACUCCACCGUCCAGGAGAGGCGCAAGUUCGGCCCCCUGGGGUGGAACAUACCCUACGAAUUUAACCAAGCCGACUUUAAUGCCACGGUGCAGUUCAUCCAAAACCACUUAGACGACAUGGAUCUCAAAAAGGGCGUCUCCUGGACCACCGUACGCUACAUGAUAGGAGAGAUUCAGUACGGAGGCAGAGUCACUGAUGACUAUGACAAGAGAUUGUUGAACACACUUACUAAGGUUUGGUUCAGUGAAAAUAUGUUUGGACCGGAUUUUAGCUUUUACCAAGGAUAUAAUAUUCCAAAAUGCAGCACGGUGGAUAACUAUCUUCAGUAUAUUCAGAGCUUGCCCACCUACGACAGCCCUGAGGUGUUCUGGCUGCACCCCAAUGCCGACAUCACCUACCAAAGCAAGCUGGCCAAGGACGUGCUGGACACCAUUCUGGGCAUCCAGCCCACGGAUAGCUCUGGUGGAGGGGAUGAGACCCGAGAGGCAGUGGUGGCCCGGCUGGCUGAUGACAUGCUAGAGAAGCUGCCCCCAGACUAUGGUCCAUUUGAAGUAAAGGAGAGGCUGCAAAAGAUGGGGCCAUUCCAGCCGAUGAACAUUUUCCUCAGGCAAGAGAUAGACAGAAUGCAAAGGGUACUCACCCUAGUCCGAAGCACCCUGACCGAGCUAAAACUUGCCAUUGAUGGCACCAUCAUCAUGAGUGAAAAUCUACAAGAUGCACUGAAUUGCAUGUUUGAUGCCAGAAUUCCUGCUCGGUGGAAAAAAGAAUCUUGGGUUUCAAGUACGUUGGGUUUCUGGUUUACUGAGCUUAUUGAAAGAAACUGCCAGUUUACCUCUUGGGUUUUCAAUGACCGGCCCCACUGCUUCUGGAUGACAGGCUUUUUUAACCCCCAAGGAUUUUUAACUGCAAUGCGACAGGAAAUAACUCGGGCCAACGAAGGUUGGGCUCUGGACAAUAUGGUGCUGUGCAGCGAAGUCACCAAGUGGAUGAAGGAUGACAUUUCUGCCCCUCCCACAGAGGGCAUCUACGUCUACGGCUUGUAUCUUGAGGGUGCUGGCUGGGACAAGAGGAACAUGAAACUCAUCGAGUCCAAACCGAAAGUGCUCUUCGAGUUAAUGCCUGUGAUAAGAAUUUAUGCCGAAAACAACACUGUAAGAGACCCUCGGUUGUACUCCUGUCCCAUCUACAAGAAGCCAGUCCGAGCAGAUCUGAACUACAUUGCUGCUGUGGACCUCAGGACGGCCCAGGCCCCCGAACACUGGGUGCUCCGUGGGGUCGCCCUUCUCUGUGAUGUCAAGUAACAUGGGGCAUGUCUCUCACCCAAUAAAUGCAGGAUCUGAAGUAUCAUAACCUUUCUCUUCUGUGUGGACAGCGUGUAAAUCAGGUUGAUCAUGCAAUGAGCUGUAUCAGUGUUCCCCCUACUCUAGCUGGACGCUUGAUUACAUUUAGCCUGUUUCAUCGUUCAUGACCAAUCACUGUGUUUUUCUGAAAAGUUAUUUGGUGAUUUAAAAGUAAAAUUUACAACUUUCUAAUGAAAUGCGGCCCUCAAAUCCACAAUAAUACAUUUUCUUCUUCCUUCAACUCCAAGGACUGACU